UCCUUCCGCCCGCCCGCCCGCGCGUGCGCUCGGCUCGCGACCCUCUCCCCUCCCUGCCUCUCCCCGCCCGCGCGCCCCGCACUCACUGAACAUCCCAGGCGGCUCGGGCUCCUCCCGCCGCCGCCUCCGGGGUCUGGUUGCUUCCGCCUCCGUCGUCUCUGCCACCGGCUCUUCCUCCGACUGCCGGCUCAGCCGGGGCCCCUAGUCCCGCUGCCCGUCGCCACCGCGGCGGCUCUGGGCGACCGCUCCAUGACUGACUGACACGGAGCUGGCCGCCGGGGCUGGGCCGCUCAGGCCCUUGAACGCACAACCGUUUCCACCAAUGGGCGAGGCGCCUCGGCGAUCGUCUGGAGAUGCCUGGCGUGCGCGGACGCCCCGCCCCGCCGCGCUGCGGCCUCCGGCGUCCAGGCGGAAAGAGCGCUGAAGCUCGGGGCUCCCACGUGGUGGGGCCAGCGAGUGAGUCCCGGACCGGUUGCUGUCUGGCUCCCGGCUGUGGCCGCUUCGGUUCUAGUCGGGGGCGCUGGGGCUGGCCCUGAGAUAAAGUGUAGCAAUGGCUGCUGUUUAUUCUGGCAUUUCCCUAAAGCUUAAGAGCAAGACAACUUCUUGGGAAGAUAAACUAAAAUUAGCUCACUUUGCUUGGAUUUCCCACCAGUGCUUUCUUCCAAAUAAAGAACAAGUGUUACUUGAUUGGGCAAGACAGUCAUUGGUCACAUUUUACAAGAAAAAACUUGAACUGAGGGAAGACAUUGUUGAAAGACUCUGGAUCUAUAUAGAUAACAUUCUACAUAGCAGAAAAUUGCAGAAUUUCCUCAAGAAUGGAAAGACAAUUAACCUUCAGAUUUCCCUUGCCAAGAUCAUAAAUGAAAGAAUAGCUGAGUUCUCUCUUGCGGGAUCCCAAAGAAACAUCUGUGCCAUCCUGAGCUGCUGCCAGGGCAUCCUCUCAAUGCCCGCCCUUUCUGUCAUCUACACGGCCAAACAGGAGCUGAUGGUGGCAUUGCUCAGCCAGCUCUGCUGGUUGGCCUGUAGGCAGCCGGAAGGAGCUGUGGUGGCCCAGUUAUUUGAGGUCAUUCAUCUGGCCCUCGGCCAUUACCUCUUGAUCCAGAAGCAGCAAGUCAACCCAAAACGUGCAUUUGGGGAAGUGAUUGGGCACCUGUUCCAGCCCUGCCUGGUCCUGAGGCACCUGCUCUCCGUGGGCACGUGGACACAGGCUGACCAGGGCCAGCUGCGGCAGACCCUGAGCCGGGACAUUCGAACUCAGAUUGAGGCCCUUCUUCGUGGUGGAGCUUUUCAGCCUGAGCUGCUUUCUUCCUACAAAGAAGAGCUCUUGGAACAGCAGCAAGGCGACAUGAAGAUGGGGGCUGUGAAAAAUCUUCUAACUCCUGCUGGCACCGUGAUUGCCAAGCUGGUAGAUACUGGCUACUGUGAACCAUCCCUUCAUGCAACUGUUGUGGCCAACUCAGUGGCCUUGCUAUAUAAGCUCUUUCUAGAUUCUUACUUUAAGGAGGGGAACCAACUUCUCUGCUUCCAUGUGCUUCCCAAGCUGUUUGGCUGCUUGAGGAUUUCACAUCUGCAGGAGGAGCAGAUGAAAGCCCCAUCCACGUCAGACUUGACCACAGAACUUUUGGUUGUGGAACAGCUUCUAACCUUAGUUGUCAACAACAAUAUCUACAACAUCGCUGCUGACAGGAUCCGGCAUGGAGAGGUUCAGUUCCAUUUUUACCGCCGUUUGGCUGAGUUGCUGAUUAACCACUCCCAGGCGUCUCUGCCAGCUUGGUUCCGCUGUCUCAAGAUUUUGAUCUCUCUGAACCAUUUGAUUUUGGAGCCAGACCUGGAUGACCUUGUAGCUUCAGCAUGGAUCGAUGCAGAAGUAACAGAGUUUCGAACCAAAAAAGCCCAGGAGGGACUUAUUAACACCCUGUUCCAGACUUAUGCCAAACUCCGACAAGUGCCGCGGUUGUUUGAGGAAGUUUUGGGUGUGAUCUGUCAGCCAGCUGCUGAGGAGCUAAGGCAGCCUGUCCUGACUUCAGGCCCUUCCACGGUGAUCUGUGAGUGCCUCCUGGAGUUGCCUCCCAAUCAGAUCUUGGACACAUGGUCCCUCAUACUGGAGAAGUUCCAGUCUGUGGUCUUGCCUCAUUUGCGGAGUGAUACAGACAUGGCCCUGAAGUCACUGUCCCUGAGCUUGCUGCUACACUGCAUCAUGUUCAACAUGAGGAGCUUGGACAGCAACACCCCGUUGCCUGUUAUCAGACGGAUGCAGAGCACGAUGGAGAGAAUGCUCCGAGAGCUCGUGCAGCCCCUGCUGGACCUCGUGCUGGACCCCCAGGGCACGGAGCUCAAGCUAUGGUUACAGAAGGUCUGUGACUCUGCACUCUUGCUCUCUUGCACAUGGAUCCAGGUUGACACCAUGCUCAGCUUAAACUGUAGCCAGUAUCACUCAGUAGCUGGAGCCCCUACAGGUGUUGCUCUGGAGAUCUCAGACCUCCCUUCGUUGCUCCCAGGUGUAGAAACAAAACAUUGGAAGAAAAUAGAAAAGCUUACAGCUCAGUUUGACUCUCUUGGCAGGUAUUGCUUAGAACAGCUCUAUCUGCAGAAAAUGAAAAGGACUUUGAUGCACCCUGGUUUCAAUUCUGAAGAAGCCCUUCAAAUUCUGAGGUAUGAUGCUGCCUACGUUCUUCGUUCUGGCAAAGAAAGCUUGACUCGAAGGACAGUGGCUUGCUGGGAUGGCCAUGUAGGCACAAUGAGUGCUCUUACUUACCCCGUAGCACACUGGCAUCUGAUUGUGUCAAAUAUCACAAUUUUAUUAUCCUACUUUUGUCCAGAUGAUGUGAGUUAUCUAGCCAGUGUCUUGCUAAGGAGUUUACCAAUGAGCAAAGCCCAAGAAGAUUCUGCAGAUGAAGAGCCAUAUAUCACACUUGGAAAAAUAUCCAAGGCACUCCUUCACAGCCCUCUCUUUCCAGAAAUGCAGUCCCUUCAUUCUGCUUUCUUAAUGUGCAUAAAUGCAAAAUGUGCCAGCAUUCUGUGUUCUGGUACCCAGAGUGACAAGGAUCUUCUCAGACAGCAGCUACCCUGGCUUUUUGAAAAGGACCACACAGUUGUGGCUCACUGGGAAACCAGAUUUGCAAAGGUUGGACCUGAGGGUGUAGAACCAAGAGGAGAAGUUGCUCCAAAUUUACUGUCAUUGGUCGAGAGUGACUUCCCCAUUGAGCUGGAUGCAGAACAGUUAGAGAGCAUCAUGGAGCUUUUGGAAGUUAUUUCUACUCUACAACUGGACAGCCUCUUGGCUCCCUAUCAUGUGCAUUGCUUUCUUCUGUUACUGUCUAUGACCAUCACCAAAUUGGGAAGCUCUUGUUCCUUCUCACUGUCAGUCAAGUUUUUGAUGAAAUCCUAUCGGCUUCUUGGUUACCUGCAAAGGGGAAAGAGUGCCCGCUCAGUGCUCAAGAUCAUGUAUGUUAGUGAUAUUUUUGAAAUCAUACUGACCUCACUGUUUAAAACCAGCAGUAGAUUAGUUCUUGAGAUGGAUGACCCGUCUUGGUUGGAAUUCCUUCAAGUGAUAGGUAUAUUCUUAGAACAGCUACUGCAGAUGCUCAUCCAGAUAAAGUUGAGCGUGGUGCUCAAUUUUGGGAAAAUCAUUGCAUUCCUCUCAAGCUGCAAGCCACACACCGAGGUAGCUUCAGGCAAACGAUUGGAAAGUCAGAAUUCUCUGGGCAGGCAGCUCCUUCUGGUGUCUUUGACUAAGUUGUGCCAAGUCCUGGGGCCUUUUGUCAAAGAGCGGAAGCAGCAACAUGAGGCCACAGAUGUGCUGCCUGAGCUUUUGCAGCAGGCCAUUCUCCAGACUGGGACUGUCCUCCGGCUCUGCUCGGAGCGUGGGGCUCUGGGCCUGUACCUUCCCUCAACCGUCAUCUCGUCGGCCACCACCCUCUUGGAAGCAGACAUGAGCCAGCACUCCAGGGACAGAGGGGCAGAGAGUUCCCAGAUGACAGCUAAAAUGCUGUUUUCCCAUACUGCCUUAUACCAGAGUAUUUAUUCUCAAAUAUUGUCUGAGUUGCCAACUCUAGCAGGAAACAUUCAAUCUUUCCAGGCAGCCUUGCAGUUUUUAGCUCUGUUCUUUUUGGCCCCAGAACUACAUCCAAAGAAGGAUUCUGUUUUUAGCUCCUUGUUUCAUUCUAUGAGAAAAGUUCUUGCAGAUCCUGACAUUCCUGUUCAGGUAAUUCAGGAUAUUGAACCUCAUUUGGGAACCCUAUUAACCCAAAUGUUAGAGGUUGGGUCAACAGAGGACUUUAGGAUGGUGAUGCAGUAUAUUCUUCAAGGAUUAGAAGUCAGGAACAUAUGGACAGCAGAUCUGCAGGCUGUUUUGUCAGCUAUUACAUUGAUCAAGUUGCUACUGAACUGCCCAUUAAAUGGUGAGAAAGCAACUUUGUUCUGGCUUGCGUGCCCCCAGAUCAUCACAGCUCUAACUCUGCAAAACCGAGAGGCUUGUCAAGAGCAGUCUUUGCUCCUCACCAUUGUGGGGCCUAUUUUAGAUGUCCUGGCUUCUCUGCUGCGGCGGGGGGAGGAGAUCAUUCACAACCCCCACCAUGUCAGUCUGGCCUUCAGCAUUCUUUUGACAGUCCCUUUGGAUCAUCUGAAGCCCUCAGAGUAUGGAAGCAUCUUCCCGAGGAUACACAGUGUACUCUUUUCAAUCCUGCAGUGUCACCCUAAGAUAAUGCUGAGAGCCAUCCCUUCUUUCUUGAACUCUUUUAAUAGACUGGUGUUUUCAGUUAUGCAUGAAGGGCGACAGAAAGACAAAGGAAGUACGGAUGAUCUGACAGUGGUCCUAGAAUGUGCCCGCCUGGUUGAAAGGAUGUACAGCCACAUCGCAACAAAAGCUGAAGAGUUUACUGUGUUUUCCCCUUUUAUGGUGGCUCAGUAUGUGACGGAGGCGCAGAAGGUAACCUUGUAUCCAGCUGUGAAAGAACUUCUGCAGGAGGGUAUUUACCUAAUACUAGACCUCUGCAUUGAACGAGACAUCCAUUUCUUGAGGGUCUCAUUGCAGCCAGGAGUGAGAGACAUCUUUAAGGAGCUGUACAAUGAUUACGUGAAGUAUCACAAAGCAAAACAUGAAGGAGAGAAGAGAUACACUGUCUAGUGCUGCAUUACAGAGGUGCUCUGGAAAAAAGACUUUGGCCUGGUUGUCUUGUGUAUAUUCUGCAUCUGAAAGAGAGAAGCAAAGAUUUCAGAUGUUACAAUUUGCAAUGCUGAAAUAAAUGGAAAAUCCUUGGGUUUUUCCCAAGGAUUUUUUUUUUUUUUGUAUUUUUAGUAUUUUUAUUGUAUUUGCAGUGAUGUUUCUCUCACUAGGUGUUUUUUAAUAUAUCUUUUUAUACAGUGUUACAUUAGAAUCCUGAAAACAGACCCUAGGUUAAGAUUAAUUCAAUGAAAAAAACUGCUGUAUCCAUUUCUGACCAUUCCAAAUAUAGUUCUUGUCUUGGUUUAGUGGUUUGGGUCCCUUGUGCUUGCUAGGAACUACAUAAAACUUGUUCUUUUACUUCAUGUACAUGGGUGUAUAAUUAAGUCCUAUUUAAAUCUCUUUGCUUUUUAAAUUCUCUAAGUAACACGGGAACAUGGAAGGUGUUCUUGAAAUGCCACUUUCUUGGCCUUCCUUCUGAGUUUACCUUUUGAUAUAGCUGGGAAAAAUUAGAGCUUCAUAACCUCUCAUCAGCUAAGGUGCCUGGCCUGGGCUGGGACAGUGCGCACCUGUCAUGCAGGUGAGAUAUCCUAGUGAUGGUACUUGAGUCUGUGUCUCCUCCAUGCUCUUUCUGCUUAGCUCUGAGAGGUUCUUUUUGAAAUUUUUUCUUAUUCAGUCUAAGAAGUAAUUUUUUUUUAAACAUUUUAAAUGUUUAAUUAUUAAAAAUUUCAAACUUUCAGAUUAGUAGGGUAUAGUAUUAUGAACAUACAUAUACCCAGCACCCAUAUUUAACAUUAACAAUUGGUUUCCUCUCUUUCUUUUUGGCUAAAGUAUCCUAAAAUUCAGGCAGCAUGGUAUUCCAUCCUUGAACACUUCAUUAUACGUAUCUUUAAAAAAUAAACUCUAUAAAAAUUUCAUUCACUAAGUUUAUUUUUCAGAAACUUAAAUCCACCAGAAUAUUCCUAUGCCACACAACUUCUAAAAUACAGAGGCAAUAGCCUCUUUUAAGAGCGUCAACCAGAGGCAGCCCCCUUCCCCAUAAUGUUGACACUCCUUUUUAAUAUGAACAAGUUAGAGUGGUCAUUGCUUGGACACUCCUGAAGAUCAAGAAAAUGAUUAAAUGAGAGGAAGGGGUAGCAACAGACAAGAUAGGAUUUAGCAAAGGAUAUUGAAUCUUUAUAUAAAUAUACCUAAUAAGUUAUAUUUUGUUAAUCAUUUCUAAAGUUGGGUCAUAGGAUGUGCUCUACUUACUUAUAUAGGCCUAUUGGUGAUCUGUUUUGAGAGCUUUCAAGCCUGCCUGUUUGCCUUGUUCUGGGGUAAGAUGGGGCUCACCCCAUCUAAUAUAUGUAUUAGAUGCCAUGAUGGUUAGGUUCAUGUGUCAUCUUGACCAGGUAAUGGUGUCCAGGUGUGUGGUCAAGCAAGCACUGGCCUAACCAUUACUGCA